AUGCAUGGUUUAGUAGGCCUCUCAAACCCCCUCCUACCAGCCUCAGAGAUAACCCUGAUGUAUUUUGCAUCUCAUUUAGCCAAUACAGUCUCCUAUGAAACAGUCAAGCUGUACUUGGUGGCAGUGCAGGACCUUCAUCGGGAGCUUAACUUUCCUCUUAAGCUCAAUGACAUGCAUAGGUUACAAAAGGUCCUGACAGGCAUUAAGCGCCUCACUCCUACCAAGCGGCUUGACCGUUUUCCCAUUACCCUCACAGUUCUCCAUUCCAUUCACUCCUACCUUAAGCCCGAACUUUCCUAUAACCUGGACCAUGUUAUGCUUUGGGCGGCCUUCACCCUUGCCUUUUUUGGGUUUUUACGAUCCAGUGAAUUCACUUGCAAUGGCCCCUUCGACCCCUCUGUCCACCUCACCUCCAAGGACAUCACACUGGUACCCAACUCCCACUCACCCAGCCACAUGCUAGUCCACAUCAAACAAUCCAAAACUGACCCCUUCAGACAGGGCCACACAAUCACCAUUGCAAAGUCCUCGUCACCUAUCUGUUCGGUGAUGGCCAUGAAAGACUAUCUCCUUCAAGUCCAGCCACCAUCAAGCCACCCUCUGUUCGCUUUCGUCCAACCCAGACAAUGGCUUACACGGAACAAUCUCACAACAGAGCUUAGGUCAAUUCUUCACCUCUGUGGCCUCCCUGCCAACAAUUUCUACUCCCACAGUUUCCGUAUUGGAGCCGCCACCACAGCAGCCAAAGCUGGUCUUCCACCCUGGCUUAUUAAAGUUCUAGGCCGCUGGAGCUCAGACUGUUAUGAACGCUAUAUAAGGACCCCUAAAUGUACCAUUUUAGAAGUACCUAGACUCUUAGCUAAUACUAGUCCAUAA